AAAAACGAAGGCGCGGCUUUCCCCAACGUUGCUUCUUAAUAUUGGAAAUAGUGUAGUCUGUGUUGAAUAAAAAAAGUUCCAAACUUAAGGGAGCAGAUAAAGAUAAUCUGCAACUGCAUUCCAGUGUGUGGAGGAGCAGUUAUAAUUUUGUUCCCUUUCUUUGUCCAGGAUGUUGAAGGCUAUAAAACAAGUGUUCUUUUCCACUGGGCUGGAGAUGCCCAAAUGGACAGCGCUGCCAAAUCAGGCUUCUGAUUAUGAAAUUCGACAGUAUGAAGCAUCCAAAUGGGUUUGCACAUCUGUUAAAACAGUGGAUUGGAAUGCAGCUAUCAAUACCGGUUUCACAAAACUCUUUAACUACAUUAAGGGCAGGAAUGAAAAAGGGAUGAAGAUAGAUAUGACUGCUCCAGUAACAUGCUAUGUUGAACCUGGUGCUGGCCCAUUCUGUGAAUCUAUCACAACUGUUGCUUUUUACUUGCCAUCAAAACACCAGGCAAAUCCACCUAGGCCUUCAGAGGCUGAUGUCUUCAUUGAAAGCAGGCCAGCAAUUAAUGUGUUUGUCAGAUCCUUUGGAGGAUUUACCAAUGCCAAAAAGAACCAAGAGGAAAUACUGGCACUUGUUGAAAGUUUGAAACGGGAUGGCAAAACUUUUCAAGAAAAGGUUUACUAUACUGCUGGCUAUGACAGUCCAUUUAAAUUGCUGAAUCGACAUAAUGAAGUUUGGCUUAUCAGGAGAUAAAACCCCAGUACUUUAGUCUUAAUUUCUAGUAUUUAAUUUUUAACAAAGUGUAACUUUUACAAUAACAGAUAAAGGCCCUAUUUUUGUUUUUUGUUUUUCUAAUCAAUUUUUUCUGUUUUUCCAACUAUAUAUAUUGUCUCCUGAAAUCUCUAAAAAGGUGAUAUGGAGUAAACAGAGAGCCUGUACAACUUUUCAUCAAAGUGGCAUUCAGAAUGGACAUGCAAGUUCUGCUCUGUGUGACUGAAUUUUCUAUUUUUAGAGAAAUAAGUGCAUGGGCAAUGAAGGUCAUGAAUUGCCACCUGUGUUUCCUGAACACCUUAAAGACAGAAGUAUCCAAACCCCAAAUCUCUGCUUUGCGAGAAGAGUGCGGGAUGUAAGUCAAAUAAAUAAUCUCAAAUAUAAGGUACAGUGAUCCAAAAUAUGACCCAUGGCACCCCGCCACUUUUCACAAAAUGACUGAGUCUGCAAGGAUAGGAAACAUCUACCCAUUAUGGGCAAUCUGGGCUUAAGUCAUUUAUAGUUGUUAAUACGCAUCACUGUGCUGUGUAUGUAUCUUUUGAGCUUACACAUUGUAAUUACAGGUAAUUUACCAAAGGUGCAGCAUCUAAUUAAGGAAACAUCAGAAUUGAAUUGAUUUGUCGGCAGGAACCUGGCAUGGAAUUUGGCUCUCUAACCCAUUGCAAUCAGCACUCUUAUCCUAAGGAGUCUUGCAUUCUGUAUGAAAAGCAUGACUGAUCAAUAAGUCAUCACAGUGGGGUGUAUGGCAAUUCAACCAGUCAAAGAGCUGUGCUUGUAAAGGAACAGUUUGACAGGGGGGUUUUUUAAAUGAGAAAAGGAACAUUUGAUACCAUGAUCAUUGAUGCUUCACCUACAUUACAUGCAAAGCUCCAUGUAAUGGAGACUUUUAAAGACUUUUACCAUCCAGCUACUAUUUUCCUUUGGAAAGAUGUCGAGGUUUUUUUCUCCUUUGAAAUACUAAAAGAUCAACCACUGAUAAUGCUGCAUAUAUAAUGUGACAUGAUGAUCUUGCACUUCAGCUGGAAAAUUUGACAUUUGUCACUUGGUUGAUUAAAAGAUGGGUUGUAGAA